CAAACCGCGGUCCUACCUUCGCCUCCGGUGAAUGUGUGUUUACACUCGGUUUGAAGCCUCAGUCAGUCCGUUUUCUCAGAUUUUUACUCAUGUUUUCGAGGUAUUAAGAGGGAAAGAUACGCCUGCUUUUCAUAGGGAAAGAUACUGUAUUAACUGGACUAUAAGUGUAAACUCACGAUGGCUCCGAGGAUAUUUGCUCUGCGUGUGUCUCAGCAUGACGCCUGAUCAGGAUCUGCUGCUGAAGGAAAGCCUGAAGAUGAUGACGGAUAUGAUCAUCCUGUGUGCCACUCUGGCUCUCUCUCUCUUCUUCUGGGUCCUCUCGCUCACCAUCAGCACCUACUCAGGAACACUUCAACCUGUGUCUCCAUGGCGAUGGUUGUUCUCCAUCCUGGUUCCUCUGAUGCUGACGGCCCGAGCGCUGAAGAGGAAAAGCCUGAACUACUCAGGAGCUCUGGGAGCUCUCCUCGUGGGCUUUGUGUUGACGAUGGCCAACUACAGCUUCUUCUCCUCCCUGCUGGCCUUCUUCAUCACCUCCUCCAAACUCACGCGCUGGGGGGGAGCGCAGAAGAAGAGGAUCGACGCCGACUACAAAGAAGGGGGUCAGAGGAACUGGAUCCAGGUGUUUUGUAACGGAGGAGUUCCCACAGAGCUGGCACUGCUUUACAUGAUCGAGGUGGGUCCCGGUGAGAUCCCCAUAGACUUCAGUAAGCAGUACACGGCCUCCUGGAUGUGUCUCUCUCUGCUCGGAGCGCUCGCCUGCAGCACCGGGGACACCUGGAGCUCUGAGGUGGGGCCCAUGCUCAGCCAAUCACAGCCCAGACUCAUCACCACCUGGAAGGAGGUCCCUGCAGGAACCAACGGAGGAGUGACUGCAGUGGGACUGUUGGCCAGUUUCCUCGGGGGUCUCACGGUGGGCGUGGCCUAUUACGUGACUCAGCUGCUGUUUGUGGGGGACCUGAACAUGGCCGACUCUCAGUGGCCCGUCAUGGUGUACGCAGGCAUGGCCGGGCUGCUGGGGUCCAUGCUGGACUCUUUCCUGGGGGCUCACAUGCAGUACUCAGGUUUUGACGCCAGCAUUGGGAAGGUGGUCAGUUACGAGUCGGCCACAACGACCCGGAUCUGUGGGAAACCCAUCCUGGACAACAACGCCGUGAACCUCUUCACCUCCGUCAUCAUCGCUCUCGUCCUGCCGGGGUUAGCGUGGGGGAUGUGGCCACGAUAAAUAAACUGAUAACGGAUAAACUACGCUUCACUCCGAGACAUAUGAGAAAUCUGUUGAUCUGAUUGGUCACAGAAGCAAUUUGAUUGCACUAUUAUUCCAUCAUGGAGAAGAAAAUAAAUACUGACUGAUGUGAUGUUCAGCCAAUGACUGAACACGUAUUGAGUGAUGCUCCUAAUUGAACAGAUGAUGGAGGAUAUUUACAUGCUUUGGGAGAUUUUCCAAUAAAUAGGGAAAGAGAAACUGCAAUAUUUUCAGGAUGUUGGAGGAUUUUCUAUCUUUCUAAGAAGCAUAAUUGACAGCAAACUAUUUUGUGAGUCUCCAGAAGUAUCAGUGGUUUACAGACAAUAUAAUGAGUGAAACGUCUAAAGAGAAUAGAGAUGCUAAACGAUGCACGGUGGGUCGGUCAUGUGGACGUAUAUACAAAAGUAUAAUUUGACCUUAAAUAAUUCAAUAAAUGUUCAGUGUCUUUGUUCUGUAUUUCUGAUUUGAACCUGCUUGUUUAAUGUCAUGUUUCUACACUUGAAACAGUUGUCUUGUAUUCUCACAACACUGAUUUAUACAGCAUUGUGUUUAACAGAAUAUAUAUUUCCUGCCUUUAAUUUAUGUGUUAAUAAACCUGUCGUACUUUGAAAUUAAA